UGUUGUCAAAACUUUAGUUUGGAAUGGUUUGGAAGCUAGCUGCUGCUGAACGCAUUUUUGUGUUUUUGCAGUGAAAAUGAAUCAAAAAGAUAUAUUCAAGCUCUGUAAAGAGCAAGGCUGUUGCGAUUCUUGCUGUUUACGGUUUAUAGGUAUUAAAAAUUAUAACUCCUAUGAAAAUGUAAAAACUUUCUGUGCCAAAUUUCACGAUAAACCCACAAACGACCAAAACAAGCAACCAGAUACCGAGCAAAAAUCUUCAUCUUCAGAUGCCACCGUCACAAGUCAUACUGACGACAAAUCUACACAAAGUGUCACAAAAAACGAAGCAUUAAAUCAGAAUGAUGUGGAGAUGGACGCUGAGGAUGAAUCGAAUAAAAAUGACGUUGAGAUGGUCACUGAAGCUGCUAAUGGCAAUGGAGAAGACGUAAAUAAUGGUACGGGGUCUCCUCAAGCGAAGAGACGCAAGCUCGCAGUGUGUGGGACGUGCCUAGGCUUGUUAGAAGAGGAUGGGUGGGCGGAAAGCAACGCAACGGUCAAAGAGGUGCUGGAUAAAAAACAGUCAGUUGAAUUACAAUACAGUACUUAUUUAAAUGGUUUUUAA